GAUUCUUUUAUGUUUGGGGGCCAUGAUACUUCAACGACUGCUAUAAGCUUUCUGUUAGCACUAUUAGCUGAGCAUAAAGACAUUCAGAAUCGUGUCAGAAAGGAAAUCGAUUCUGUUAUGCAAGAGAAUGGAGGGAAAUUUACUAUGAAAUCAUUUCAAAGUCUAUCAUAUUUAGACAGAUGUAUAAAGGAAGCAAUACGUUUAUAUCCCAGCGGAUUUGUAAUAUCUCGACUUACUGAGGAAGACGUAAAAUUAC